ACGGAGAUAACCUCUGGUCUACAUAAGAGAACAAAAGGGGUUUCGUCCCUGCUAUCUCAUUGGAUGGCUUCCUCAAAACAUCUAGGGCCGAUAUCUGGCAAGGUUGUCAGAACUGUCCAGGCGUGAUUUCAACUGCCAGAAAGAUGCGUCCCAGGAAGUGCUGAAUGGUGAAGUCGUCAGGCAAAGAUGCUGUAACGAAGCCUGGUACUUCUAGCACACGUGACCUCUGCUACCAGUCGACAGUUGGAGUUCAGCAAAUUCUGUUUCCCCGAAUGCAACUAUGAACAGGAUCAGAGACGUCGUCGCAGCAUUGGGCAACAAAUGCAUCGUCUGCCAUGAGGAGCAGGAGUGCGUGAAUUUCAUGGAACACAUGAAGUCUCAUAAUCCUUUUGUCCCAACGUCCGUGUAUCUGAAACACUCUCACCUGCCCAACGGACUCUACCAGUGCAUCGUCUGUGGCAAGCAGUCUACAAGAAAGGCUUUCCUUCGACCACAUUACAUUACACAUGUAAAAGAGACGCCCUUCAAGUGUCCGAAAUGCUCCUUCGCGUUCAAGACAGCCAACAGGUUCAGUGACCAUUUCAUAGGAGCUCACCUGGACGGUCCUCCGCUCGGGUGCCCCGAGUGUCCCUUCUGGACAAAGCGGCCGAGAGCGCUGAGGAAGCACCUUGCCAGACAUUCUGGUCGGGCUAGAGAACGUUGCGAAGUUUGUUUCAAGUGGCUUGACGUGAGCAGCAUAAAGCAACAUUAUUUCCUACACACCGAUGAGAAGCCCUUCCAGUGCAGCGAGUGCAGUGAAGGAUAUUCAGCAAAGGGUGCCCUGCUGAGGCACAUUAAGAAGGUGCAUUCCGGCAGGAGACAACCGGACGAAACUUUGAUGUCCGAGGAACGUGAAAACACGGAUGCUGUCGUCUCGAUGCAGUUGGAGGCCGUUACAGGCUGUCAAGUUAUGGCGGCGCUCGGCAACAAGUGCAUCGUCUGCGACACAGUGCUGAGUCACGGCAGCAACAUCUGGAAACACAUGAAAGGUCACGAUCCGGAACUCCCGGGACGUCAGGCUAACGGAACCUACGAGUGUGCCGUUUGCGGAAUACAACUGAAGAGCACAAGGCGCUUCAUAACUCAUUGUAGUACGCACACCGAGGAGAGGCCCUUCAAAUGUCCCAAAUGCCCGUCCGCUUCCAGGACAGCCCAACACUUCAGAGACCAUUUCCGCAAGACGCACUUGCCCAAGCCGAAGCUCAAGUGUCCCAAGUGCAACUUCACCACCAAAUGGAGGGUGUCACUAAACAAGCACCAGCUCCUUUUGCAUUCCGAUAAAGACACCAGAGAAUGCUGCGAGGUUUGUUUCAAGAUGAUAACUCCGCACUUUUUAAAAUCUCAUUACUUUCGCCACACUGGGGAAAGGCCGUACAAGUGCAGGACGUGCAGUAGAGGGUACACAACGGUGGAGUACCUGAAGGUUCACAAUAAAAGGGUACAUCUCGGUAUAAAACGCGUGAGGAAACGCGCCACUUGCAACGUGUGCCACAAGUCGUUACCGAGGUCUUCAUUCUUGGUAGCCCACAUGCGACGCCACACGGACGAGCCGACAAACACCUGUUGCAUUUGUUCCAAGUCGUUCUACCAAGUGAGUGAGUAUGUGUCCCACAUGUCCAGGGUUCACAUAGGGGAGAAGAACUGCGAGUGUCAGGUGUGUGGUAAGGGGUUUCAUUCCAGCACGGAAUUGAAUGUACACAUGGUUGUUCACACCGAGGAAAAGCGGUUCAAGUGCCCCGUUUGUGAAAAGGCAUUCGCGUGGAAGCACAAGAUCGGAGACCACAUGAAGACACACAGCGAAGAAAGGCCAUUCAAGUGUAAUCUCUGCGGGGAGGCUUUCAAGUGGAAACAUAACCUGUCGAAUCACGUUAGGGCCAAGCAUACAUGAUGGAAAGAAGAAAGAGGAAAAUGCGAGCCGAUGGGGAUGCCAAUAAAGAGUCGAAAACA